UAAAACGCUUCAGAGAACCAAAGCAUGAAAGACGUCCCUGGAGGAUAUGGUUUUUAGAUACUUCCAAGCAAGCCAUAGGGAUGUUGUUCAUCCACUUCGCAAAUGUCUAUUUAUCAGACCUUACUGAAGAGGAUCCUUGUUCACUGUACCUUAUCAACUUCUUGUUAGAUGCCACAUUAGGAAUGCUGUUAAUCUAUAUUGGUAUACGUGCAGUCAGCAGCAUUGUGGAAUGGCAGCAGUGGGAGUCCCUUCGCUUUGGUGAAUAUGGUGAUCCAUUGCAGUGCAGUGCUUGGGUAGGCCAAUGUGCUCUGUACAUAAUGAUUAUGACAUUUGAGAAAACCAUCAUCAUUAUAGUGCUGCUUAUACCUCAGUGGAAAGAGGUAGCUUUAUUGAAUCCUAUAGAGAACCCUCAGUUGGAGCUGGCUAUCGUCAUGCUGAUAGUUCCCUUCUUUGUUAAUGCAUUAAUGUUCUGGGUAGUCGAUAAUUUUCUUAUGAAGAAAGGGAAGACAAAAGCUAAACUUGAAGAAAAGGAAGCAGGACAAGAUUCAAGAAAUGGAAGUAAAGUCCGAUACAGGAGAGCAGCAUCACAUGAAGAGUCAGAGUCAGAAAUCCUUAUUUCGGCAGAUGAUGAGAUGGAGGAAUCAGACGCUGAAGAGGACCUGCGUAGACUGACCAACUUAAAGCCCAUUAAGAAGAAGAAGCAUCGUUUUGGUCUGCCUUCAGGACACGGGGAGGCCCCUGUGAAAAAGAAGCGUCCUCCAGUGAAGGAAGAAGACCUCAAAGGAGCCAGAGGAAACCUUUCCAAAAACCAGGAAAUUAAAUCCAAAACCUACCAAGUGAUGAAGCAGUGUGAACAAAUGGGCUCUGUAGCUCCUUCCAUCUUCAGCCGGGAUCGGACCGGUGGCGAAACAGUCUUUGAGAAACCAAAAGAAGAGCCGGCCAAGAGCGUCUUCGGCUGA